UCUUCCAUCUCGGCUCAGGCUCUCAAUGGCUAAAGUGUAUCCUCAAGUACCCACUUGUUCUCCCCACAUAACAUCAGAAAGAGAAAUAUUUACAAUAUGGAUGAAAUCUCUUGUGUGUCAUACAAAUGGUUGCACUGUCUUCAAUACAAAUGGUGAUAUUGUUUAUCGUGUUGAAAACUAUGACAAGAAAGGUAGCAAUGAAGUUCAUCUCAUGGAUCUCAGAGGCAAAGUACUUUCAACCAUUCGUGGAAAGAAAUUACUAGCUUUCAGAGGUUGGAAUGGAUAUAGAUGCAGUAGUUCUAAUAUAAAAGAAGAGAAGCUAUGGUUUCAAGUUAAGAAAUACUACGGAAUGCUUAUGGGAGACUUAGCUUGUAAAGUUACUGUGGGCUAUGAUAAGUACUGGAUAGUUAGAAGGACUGGCAAAGCAGCAUUUAGAGUAGUAAAUAUUAAUGGAGAUAUAAUUGCAGAGGCAAAACCAAAGCAAUCAUCUUCAGGGGUACAGCUGGGAGAUGAUGUUCUAACUUUGUUGGUAGAGCCCCAUACAGAUCAUUCCCUUAUCAUGGCUUUGGUGAUUGUCUAUGGACUGAUUUGCCGUAAAAUGUAAAUAGUCUUCAUAACCGCAACAUU